CGGAAGGCAGUGAGCGAGAGACAGAGAGCGCCCCCACUCAAGCCAAGGCAAUCCGCCGAGCCCCCCCUCACCGAGUAUCCCCUCCCCAGCCCCACCAGCAGCAGUACACACUUUUGACGUAGACAGACCGCAGCAUGUCGCGCAAGGGACUCAAGGGCAGCAGCACCAUCGGCGGCAACGACGUGCUGACCAUCGAUCAGCUGCGCCACCAGGAUGACUGGGUGCUCGACACGGAGCGAUACAGAUGUCACGUGUGUACGAGGAACUUUACGCGCUUCCGACGAAAGCAUCACUGUCGCAAGUGUGGAGAGGUGGUGUGUGGCAACUGUACACUGAAGAAGGAAGCGGAACUGCCUGUAAUUGGCCGCUCGCUAGUGCGUGUAUGCAUGUCAUGCAUCCUGUCGCAUGCCAACGGCCAGGCAAACCCGCAGGCGCCUCCUCCUGCCCCCACGUCGGGCACGGUAUCGCCCCCGCCCCCGCGUGAGGAGCAUUGGGAAGCACAGAACUUCCACUCGCCCACUGGCAACUCGGAGGGCGACUUGUCGCACUUUACGCGCGACUUCCAACAGUCUGAAUUCGAUUACCCGCUCGACUUCAGCUGGGACCAUCCAUGGCCAAAGCCCCCCAUCGUCCCAGGCGAGUCUGAGCGUCUCGAAGUUCUGCGCGGCUUUGACAUUAUGGACACGCCCAGUGAAGACGUGUUCGAUAUUAUCUGUGACCUGGCCAGCAACGCCCUCAAGAGCCCCAUCGCGGCCGUGAGUCUGCUGGACGAGGACCGCGAAUGGUUCAAGGCGAGCGUGGGUCUGGCGCAGAACGAAGUGCCGCGCUCCGUGUCUUUCUGCGCGCACGCCAUCAUGUCUAAGGAGCCAAUGGUCGUUAUGGACACUCUGCUGGACAAGCGAUUCGCUAAAAACCCGCUGGUGACGGGAGCGGCGAAAAUCCGAUUCUAUGCCGGCGCACCGAUCUGUACGCCGUCCGGCCACCUUCUGGGUACGGUGUUUGUGUUCGACACGCAGCCACGCAACACGUGUGAUAUCGCGACCUUGGAGAAACUGUCGAAUGUGGCGAUGAAAAACCUGGAGGACCGUAAGAACGCUGUGGCUGCGCCUGUUGAUAAUGGCGAGGCAGUGGAGGUCGUCGAGAGUGAUGAUCAGCAAUCAGAGGCGCCCAAACGCCCCGCCGAGCCGCUUCGAGGAUCAGGAAUUGGCAUUGCAAACCAGGUGGUGGCUCAGCCCGUGACUGGCGCGUCGCAGGAUCUUGUGGCGGCCAAUGCUGGCGACGGGCAGGUGACGGCAGGUCCCAAGAUGGAGACAAUGCUGAUGGACCUGCUAUGCCGUACCACGGAGACUCAGCAGCAGUUAGCAACACAGCAGGGAGCGAUGUUCCACACACUAGGUCAACACACUGCUGACAUCGACAAGUUGGCGACUGCGAUGGCGCGGAUGGAGGCAAAAUUAGACGCGAUGGUCGAGUAAAAGCGGCGAGAAUGGUAAUGCGUGCCGUGGACAGCAGCGGCGACGCGUGCGCGUAGCUCAAGAGCGAGAUAAGAAGACGGCCAUGGCUUCAUGUGAGGUGAUGAAAAGAAAAAAAGAAAAAC